GUUUCCCACGAAAUGUAAAUAAAGCGAUGUACCACGUUCAGGAUUUGUCAUUCCUCGUUGGUUGGGCAACACGUGAGAACACUGGAACUUAAACGAACUCAUAUCCAGUUGAAUACCUUGAAACGAGUAAAAAACGAGCUCCUCCUUCAAAUAUAGCCUAACUUUUGGACGUCUUCCACACUGAACUUUUACACUACUAUUGUACCAUUGUUAACACUGCUGCCCAAGAACCUGACGUACUGCGUGUGCGUCUGUGAAGCGGAUCUCCACCUACCAUGCAACCUCCUUUCACUGCUCUCGUGCUGGUCUCUCUACAUCUUUCCAGUUUCGUGAAUUGCAAACCAGUGGAAUGGAACCUUCCCCGGCGGCACCGCAUGACCACCAAAGGCUCUCAAAAAAGGCCCCUUCAUCGGCAAAAUGUCAGCGACUCUGGUGAUCUGCUCUUGAAUGGAAACUUGGGCGGUCAGUUGAGGAGAUUGAUCAAACACGAGUCUCUUGUUAUGCUCCAAAUGAAAAAGGAUUCAACAGAUUUUGUGUCAAUAUUUGAUUUGAGAAAAGGGCGAUUCCUAUGCGUGGACUUUGACGGAGAGCUGUUUAAUUCACUGAUAGUGAGCAAAGAGGAAUGCCUGUUCCAGUACCAGGAAGACCCGCUGGAUGGCUUCUACUCAUCCUGGCCUGCUGGUCUUGUGCUCAGUCUCCAGGACUCUGAGAAGACCGGAAAUGUGGUCACAGAAGACCACAAGUCCCUCAAACGCUCGUCCGCCCUCCUAGCACACUUCAUCCUUCCUCGGAUCCACAGAACCAAGAGGAGUGGACAGGUUUCCGACCCGUCUGACCCGCUAGAGAACCAUCGUCAGCCGAGACGCAACGGGGAGCAGAAACCUGACCUGCACCAGGGAAAGUCGGACAAGGAGCAGCCUGGUGCCGUUUCCAAGGAGACAAUCACUUCCUGUGAUGAUCCCUUGCAGGUGUUGCAUUCCAAUGGCCCCAUCAGUCCCAUUAAGACUAACAUAGAGGACCGGACAGAGAAAGACUAAACAACUAAGAGAUUACUUUGUACAAA